UCAUGACAGUUUCUUUCCACUUCUAACAUUAGCAAAAGAAAAAGUGUUCCUAAACUUUUCCUGCGGACAGCAUCCAUUUUUCACAAUUUUUUUUUGAAGAGCAGCGCACAAAUUAUCGUCCGUUCCAUCCGCUAAGCUAGCUUUGCACCUUGUAGGGCAGCAAGCAGCGAAUCAUACAUGCUAUUCAACACGAAAAAUGGCAUCGUGGGAAACGGGCUUAACACGACAAGCAUUUGAGAAUAUUUAUCGUAUGAUUCGACCUGGUGGGAAUAUACUUAUAAAUUUGAUAGCAUCCCAUGAUACAUAUGAUGUUAUGAAUAUUUUGGCUCAAGAUAUUCGUUUUGCACCAUACAUACAAGAUAUCAGAAAUUAUGUUUCACCAUUUAAUGAUUCAAGCUGUCCUCGUAAAGAAUUGAGGAAAAUACUUGAAAGUAUCGGAUUUAAGGUUUGCCAUUGCAGUCUUCGAGAAAUGACAUAUUCCUUUAAAGAUUCAAGCAAUCUUAUAUCUUCGAUAUUAUCCAUCUACCCAUUUUUUGACAAAAUGCCACAUGAUCUACAAGAAGAAUUCAAAAACGAAUAUACACGUAAGUUUGUGGAAAGAAAAAUUACUUAUAAAACAAUACAGAAUAAUCAAGAACAAAUACUUAUGUUAGAUCUACACAAACUCUUAAUAGUUCAUGCACAAAAAGAUGUAUAAUAGCAUUAUCAUAUAUAUAUUUAUAUUUAAUCGUUUAUAUAUAUCGUAAAUCCUACACCUUAAGUCAACAAAUAAAAUUAAGCUUAAGAAAUACGAAGUAAAGAAUAGAGCGGAAGAUUAAAAUUAAAUACAUCUAUUAAGAAUUCGAAAAUAAGAGCAGUCAAGGAGUUCCGUAUUAUCUUGUAAAUUAAUACCGUUUUUUUGCUGUUGGAUUUACUUCAUACACCAAUGGAUUAUUCGAACGAUUGGUAUGUUUUUAAGUUGGCUUCACUUUUGUUUUUGUAAUGACAUCAGAUUGUUAUGAAGGUGAAACAGACCUGUAUGCAGUGAGUCUGGCAUUUUGAUGGCUUUAAUUUCUAAUCUAAUGUAAUAAUGUUAUAAAAUAUCGAAUAAUAAAUGUGAAAUAAAUUAUGAAUUACC